AAUGUCACGAACUUAUGGCCUGAUUUCGUAUAGUUCUGAACAGCAAGUGGAGAGUGAGCGUUCAGUGCAAGAGAACGCAGACAGAACGCACGACUCAUUGAAAAUCGAGUGCACCAAAGAUGAGCAACCCAUAUCGUCUCAAGUUGAGGAUAGGCAGAAACAGGACGAAGUUGAGUCAGAGGAGAGAUUAGCAGUUGAACAACAAGGAAUCACAGAAGGACAACAACUUACUGCAUCCGUGGCGGCAUCUGAUCAAAAUUCAGUAUCCGAGCAGCUGAAAUGCCGUCCAACGACAACAAAGUCGGAUUCAGAGCCGUCACCGUCGAUAUCAGAAGUGAGGAAUACAACUGCUACCAGAGGAAAUGGUAGAAUAGCACUGACAGUGAAAGAGUCCGAAAAUAGCGAAGGAACAAAGCAGGAAUCAGUGCUUACAAAAAAUUUGAAACUGUAUUCAAAAAUGUUGGAAGAUCAAGAUGAUUCAACUGAAUCGUCGUUCGAACAAGAAGAACCUGAUUAUAGUUGUCAGACUGUUAUGCAGAAGAAAGUUAUGCCUCGUAUUGCAGCUAUUAUGAGUAACGUUGAUAACGAAUGCGAUACGAGUUUGGCUAGUGAACUUGCCACUUCAUGGGUGAGAAUAGACGGAGCUCAUGAAAGUGAAGAACUACGAACGGACGAGGAAAGAAGGGAGCAUGAAGAGCAAUCAGAGAAGAAACUGACGAAAAUCGUUCGCGGUGAGAUCAACGUGGAAUCUGAUGGUGCAAUGGCUCAAACCAACCUCAUAGUUUGGAACAGCCAAGAUGAAAGUAGACGUUCUGAAGUGCAAGGAAAAUCAUCAGAAAUAGAAGCAGUUGCACCGAAAACGAGGGAAGGUGGAGACAUGUUGCAAAUGGAGAGGAAGGAGGACACGAAUCGUGAAGAUACUAAUGAGGAAGCUAAGGAAUUAGACGAUCUGGUAAUUGCGGUCAGUGAGGAUGUUCGUGGUCACUUGGAGGAGAAAGGGGCGAAUAUCGCCGAUGAGCAUUCAACAAACCAACUGAACACAUCCAAUCCA